UGAGUAAUGACGUAUCGGUUUCGGGGGACCAAAAGCCGAAACGGAAAACUGGGUUAGUUUGGGGGAAAAACACGUUGGGGGGCGAAACCACGGUUUUCUCGGGCCAGGUGGGUUUGACCAAAGACGUCGAAAACCAACGCCAGCCUUGGAAAAAGAAAGCCCAGCACGAGCCACAGCUAAGUGAGUCCCGGAGUGCGUAUUGUAACGGCUGUAACCCCACCACAACAAAUAUCACAAGCACACUGCACACAUGACACUACAAAAUCUGUCUCAUCGGACACAGUUUCAUCUCUAAAGAAGCUUCUGUUGUUUUCUCUUGAACCAAACCCCACUUUCCCAAUCGCUUUUUGUUUGUCUCUCCCUCUCUCUCUCUCUCUCUCUCUCUCCCCUUAUAGCUGUGUUUCAGUUACUCUCUCAGUGGUCCUCUCUCUUUCUCUUUCUGAAGAUACAAAAGAGGAGCUUAAUAAAUCUUGGGUUUUGUAAACUUUUUUUUUUUUUUUUUUGGUGGAAGAUUUUAGGGGUUUCUGAUGGCGGAGAAUGAGGGAUUUGGGGGGGACCAUCUCAGAGGGGCAACGAGUUUCUCUCAGCUUUUGCUGGCAGGUGAUGAUGGUGAUUGUGAUGUUGCUGUGGGUCUUGAUGUGGACCGCACCAUCAACUACUCCUCUGUUUUUUCCUCUGAAAAGCCUCCCAAAAUGCUCUGCUUUGGGAGCUACCAGCACAAAGGAGAGCUUGUGUAUCCUGAGACUACAAGGACUCCGCAGAAAUCAGGAGUCACAUGCAGUGAUUCCUCCUCCGCUUCUUCCAGCAAUAAUAGCAGUAUAAACACUCUUUCAAAAUCUGCUGCUGCAAGUAAAAAACGAAAUGGGUCCGGCCAGGAAUCGGUGCAGUGCAUGAGCACCAUCACCACAGCUGCGGUGGCAGGUCAGAGAGCCACUAAAAAGCCCAAGACGGAGAAUCCCACCCCGGUCGGCCAUGCAAAGAGGAAAGAGAAGCUAGGAGAACGAGUCACAACAUUGCAGCAGCUCGUUUCUCCCUUUGGCAAGAUACGGCGUCGGUGCUUCACGAAGCGAUGGGAUAUAUCAGGUUUCUUCACGACCAGGUUCAGGUCCUGUGCUCCCCUUACCUUCAACGCCUGCCCUCCUCCCCACCCCACCACCUGCUUGAGGGCGGAGAAAGCGGAGGAGAAGCAAGAAAGGACUUGAGGAGCAGAGGGCUGUGCCUGGUUCCAGUAGAAUGCACCUUACACGUGUCGGACAGCAACGGUGCUGAUUUCUGGUCGGCUGCUGCCAUGGGGAGCGAUGUUUCAUCGUCAGCAAAGCAGUGAAUCCCUCGUCGUUUGUCAAAACUUUCACACUUGUGUAAAUGGUGGCCUUGUCUUGUGCCUGCCCAGAUGGGUACUUCAAACCGUAAUGACUGCUCCUUUUUUGGGAAAAGGUCAAAAAGGGUGAAAGAAAAAAGAAUGAACAAAGCUGACAGGGGGGCUGGCUUGAAGGCUCAAAGUUUACACACGGUUAAAAUGCGUUUUUCUUCUUCUUUUGUAAAACUGAUCCGAAGGGGAAAGGGGUGGCUUUUUGGUUUUUGGUUUUUGGGAAGGAAUACCUGUAAAUUUCCCAGGCUUAACGAUUACCAAGGCAGGCAAUUUUCA